AUGCCGAGCGCCUUUGGACAAUGGUGGAGCACGCACAAGGUCCACAGCCAUUCUUGGCAAGGUGGAGCUCCCAGGCUGGCAUGCAGCUGGCAUGGUGGGAUGGUAAUGCCAGCUGCGCUCCUGGAGGGAGAGUGGAGAGGGAUCCGCCCAGAAGAGUAUUUCUUCUUCCUGGAAACCUCGCCGGACAAGAGCAGGCGAUUUCUCGACAUGAAAGCAUCGCUGAUGACUGCUGUGCCUCCGUCAGGGCUCUUUUGCAUACCCGGUGCGGAUGUGGAA